UCUGGCAGCACUAACACGGACACACCGCUGCCGACGAGGAAGGUCGACAGUAGGACAGCAUUAUUUCCCUUAAUAAUACCUCGGAUUAUAUCAGAAGUCUAUCAAACGUUACGAUCACCACUAACCAUACUGACGUUAGAUUAAGCGGUUGUACAGUAGUCGAUACAACAGUUGCUAGUUAGCUGUUAGUUUAUCUGGUUAUUGUGCAUAGUACCCCUAGCUUAGCCAGUGACCAUGGCUGCGCUCAGAUUGUCCUACCACAGGAUUCUAGACAGGAUCGAACAUAUUCUACCUGCAAAACUGAGACCAUUGUACAACCAUCCAGCAGGCCCAAAGACUGUGUUCUUCUGGGCCCCGAUGUUUAAAUGGGCCCUGGUCGGUGCUGGCCUGGCUGAUAUGAAUCGGCCCGCAGAAAAACUCAGCUUGUCGCAGUCCUGUGUACUGACAGCUACAGGUUUGGUUUGGUCCAGAUAUUCUUUGGUCAUCAUCCCAAAGAACUGGAAUUUGUUUUGUGUCAACUUCUUUGUCGGCGGUGCAGGUGCCUCCCAGCUUUACAGGAUCUGGAACUACAAACAAGAGCAGAAGGCUGAAGCCAAGGCAGCAAUAGAAUCUGCAGCGGCUGCAGAACCUGCUGCUGCAGAAUCCUGAGUGUUGAGAAACCUCAAUGCCGUUAAAGGGAGACUACUCACUGAUAACA